CGGGGCGCGGCGGGGGGAGGGAGGGGGCGGCGGCGCCGGGAGCGCAGGAAUUCCUGGUGGCUGCUGGAGAGGUCUGGACCUGCUGCCCUGACUCCUCUGCUGCCCUUUGCCCCCUGGUUGCUCCAUGGCUCAGCUCCAGGGGUCCUGGGAGAUGCCCCAGCAGGGCAUGGCUUACCUGGCAGAGACAGACAUGGAGCCCAUGGCUGCCAGCACCUCCUUCCCUGAGCCAGCAGGGGACCUGGACAGGAAUGUGCCUCGCAUCUGUGGGGUGUGUGGGGACAAGGCCACAGGAUUCCACUUCAAUGCCAUGACCUGUGAGGGCUGCAAAGGCUUCUUCAGGAGGAGCAUGAAGAGGAAGGCAACCUUCAGCUGCCCCUUCAACGGGGACUGCAAGAUCACCAAGGACAACAGGAGGCACUGCCAGGCCUGCAGGCUGAAGCGCUGCCUGGACAUUGGCAUGAUGAAAGAGUUCAUCCUGACGGACGAGGAGGUGCAGAGGAAGAGGGAACUGAUCCUGAGGCGCAAGGAGGAGGAAGCUCUGAAGGAGAGCCUCAGGCCCAAGCUGUCAGAGGAGCAGCAGAAGGUCAUAGACAUCCUGCUGGAGGCUCACCGCAAGACCUACGACCCAACCUACGCCGACUUCGCCAAGUUCAGGCCCCCCAUGAGGAGCAGCCCCAGCAGCAAGGCAGCCACUAAGUCCUCCUCCAUCCUCACCCAGGACUUGUCAGAGGACUCCAACGACUUCUUCAGCUGUGACUCCUUCAGCACCUUCCCAGAGUCUGAGGAGCCUCAGAUGUUUUCCAGCCUGGUGCUGGCAGAGGAGGCUGAGGAGAGCUCCUCGGUGGACCUCAAGUUCUCUCGGCUCUCCAUGCUCCCACACCUGGCAGAUUUGGUCAGCUACAGCAUCCAGAAGGUGAUUGGCUUCGCCAAGAUGAUCCCAGGCUUCAGGGAGCUGGCAGCAGAGGACCAGAUUGUGCUGCUCAAGUCCAGUGCCAUCGAGGUGAUCAUGCUGCGCUCCAACCAGUCCUUCACCCUGGAGGACAUGACCUGGACCUGUGGCAGCAAUGACUUCAAGUAUGGCAUCAGUGAUGUCACCCAAGCUGGCCACAGCUUGGACCUGCUGGAGCCACUGGUGAAGUUCCAGGUGGGCUUGAAGAAGCUGAACCUCCAUGAGGAGGAGCAUGUCCUGCUCAUGGCCAUCUGCAUCCUGUCCCCAGACCGCCCGGGAGUGCAGGACACCUCCUUGGUAGAAUCCCUCCAGGAUCGACUCUCGGAGAUCCUUCAGACCUACAUCCGCUGCCGCCACCCCCCCCCGGGCAGCCGCCUGCUCUAUGCCAAGAUGAUCCAGAAGCUGGCAGACCUCCGGAGCCUCAACGAGGAGCACUCCAAGCAGUAUCGCUGCCUCUCCUUCCAGCCCGAGCACAGCAUGCAGCUCACCCCCCUGGUGCUCGAAGUCUUCGGCAAUGAGAUCUCCUGAAAGGGCUGUGCCAACCUCCCCACCCCCACCCUC